ACAACAGGAAGAAGAACGAACCCUCCACGUCACCAGUACAUCACGUCCGCCAAGCAACAGCAGCAACAAACUCGGAGCGCAGGGACUCCAACUUCAGCUGCGGGUAUAUUGAGUUGGCAGCAAGCGGUCCAGAAGCUAGAUGUCAUCUGGAGCGCCCAAAGGAGAGAACUGCCUGGUGGACAUGGACAGCAAAGCCGGAGAUUUGUUCAUUGCUGAUGAGGGUCAUCCUACUGGGACGGGUGGAGCAGGAAUCAUGGCCAAACUCUGGCUCCCCAAAGGCUUCUCGGUCGCUAUGGUUAAAGAGUGGGUUGAGAGGCGUCGAGUGUCCAUUCGGCCAUGGGCUAGCUUCGUGGAUCAGCGCAAGUUCUCCAAACCCCGCAACUUUGGGGAGCUGUGUCAGAGGGUGGUGAGGAACGUGGACACUUACAACAGCAACUAUACCUUCAUCUUCCUUGGUCUCAUUCUCUACUGCAUUAUCAGCUCUCCCAUGCUGCUGAUUGCCUUGGCUGUGUUCGCUGGUGCCUUCUACAUAAUCCACCUUAAGGCCCUCGAGUCCAAACUGGUCGUCCUUGGUAAGGAGCUGACUGUCCCUCACCAGAUGAGUCUGGCUGGAGCCAUCUCUCUCCCUGUGUUCUGGUUGGCUGGAGCUGGAGCUGCAGUCUUUUGGGUUUUGGGAGCGACGUUGUUUGUGAUUGGCUCUCACGCUGUGUUCCGUGAGCUGGAGGCAUCCGACAUGGAGGAGCUGCUAAUGGAGCCUGUAUGAAGAGCAGGCUGGACUCUCACGUUGCUGGAGUAUGACUAUGUAGGUGCUGGUCUCCGAUCAGUCUUGAGUUUGACCCUCUGGUAAUGUUGGCCCAAGUGAGUGGAUGAAAAACUGAUCCUAGAUCUUUUCCUAAAUGCAUACUCUGUAUUCCCACCGUUACAUAUGCCAGUGUACCUAAAAUGCACCUUGUCUUGCAUCUGAAGUAGUUGUUACUGACAAACAGUGUGUCCCUUAACAGAAUUACAAUCUUCAAUACAUAUUCAUGCAAAUAAUAUGCCAUAUGCACAAAAUGCCCUUCUUAAUACGCAUUUAAACACAUUCUCAUGCAGACGUAAUGCCUUCUUUUCUGUAUCAUACCUUGGAUGCCUCUCAUUUGUGUCAAGUAGUCUCUCUUAUACAGUGAUUUCCCCUUUCAAGCUUUUUAAUCCUUCAGCUGAACUGGUCAAUAUUUCAUUCUGCGCUAGAUAUCUUGGGAAAUGGCUUCUGUGUUUAAUGUGUCGGACAAUGAGGCUGAUUUCUAUUAUGUAGAGUCAAUGUAUACACACACUAAUCACAACUGUAAACUUAAAAUGACUCAGCUUUCCAUGGGAAAAAGUGCCAUUUAAAAGCUUUAAAAAAUGUACAUAUUUCUUACCAUGAUAGUGCAUGUUUUAUUCAAGACAGUGUAAAUUGAUUUGGAGCAAUACCAGCUUGGUAUUUCAGGUACUUACUUAGUAUAGAGCAGUUGAUGAGAAAACAUCUUAAAAGGUCAGUUCUUUGUAAUGGUAUUUUUUUGUAUCAGGAACUAUACUGUACAUUGCUGACUCUGUAUGCAUAUUUAUCAGCUUUGCUUGUACCUUGUACAUCUCAAGGUCAUUGUAUAACCAUAUGAAUUUUGUUUUACUUCAAAAAUACAAUGCCAUUCUUUUUUCUUUCUUUUUUACAUUCUGAGUUGUUUUUUCUUUUGUAUUUUAAUGACAUGUGGGAAGUGCAAUAAACUUCUGAAAUAACAGAU